CUUCUGCAUUAUUGCAAAAGCGAAUAUUAACUCUGAUUGUGCAUUAGUUACAGUAGUAUCAGAUCGAGCGAAAAUGACAGUAUGAUACUGUGGUUUAGAAAUGAAAACAAAACCUAUCAUGUGAUGCUUGCUGAUGAUACAUUAACAUGAAUGUCUGUCUAUUAUCGCUUUCAAUCCAUGCGUGUGGAUUUGGUUUUUACACCUGAUAGCGAGCGUCCAGGCGUAGUUUAGGUCGUGCACCUUUCGCAUGCCAUGGCUUGUUUCGAAUUGCUUCCUAAUGAGAUUCUGGAGAACAUUUUCCAGUAUAUGGAUUUCAAAAACCGCAGGAAACUUUCUCCUGUUUGCACUCGCUGGAAUAAUGUUCUUUUGUCCGAUCAAUAUUUGCGAAAAAAUGUUAUCGUUCACAUCGAGGGUUGUCGACUGCUGGACGCAAAGAUGACAUUCUCCAGGACCUAUCCAGCUUUGUCGUUGAAACUUGAAAGCCAAUUUUUUAAUGAAAUGAUGAAAAAUCUAAGGCUCAUCAAUGGUUUUAAUCCAAGACCAACGUUUUUGCGUUUGGAUAAUCGUAGCUCUGACCAGCAGUUGGGAUGGGUUUUGGAUAAUCUUUUCUUUAGCUUGGAAGAUGUCAGCGAGUUGCAUCUUUCGGGAACGUGCAAGACGGACAGAGGAGUGUGUUUAGUGUUUCUAAAUAACCUGAAGAUAUUGAAGCUCGAAGCUGCUCAUGUCGAAUAUUUUAGAGUUGGUGCACCCAAUCUAACCGAGCUUUCGCUCUUGGUACGCUCCGAAGAACACAUGGAUAUAUUGCAUCAAUUCGCCGAGCAAUUGAUUAAGUUGACGGUAGUUUUUGACUCUAAGGAUGGAUAUUAUUUCUACAAUUUAAAGUUUCCUCGAUUGAUAGAGCUCACCGUUGACAGGAGCUUGAAAGGAAUGAUCAAAAGCGAACAGGAUAUCAGUAUAGCGUUUUUCCGAAGGCUCAAACAGCUAACGAGACUACAUCUUUUGGUUAAAUUUAUCGAUAGUUAUGUUAUGCAGGAAAUCUACGAGAGCGUACCAAAUUUAGUUGAACUGAAAUUGGAAGUAUGCGAAGGCACGAUAGAGCUAUCAAACGUUAGCAAAUUGAUUCAUCUGGAAAAGAUGACCAUUGCUGCGGAAAAAGUUAACUUACUGAAUACGAAACCUCCGAACCUGAAGCAACUAACGUUGGGAUCGGAAACCACGGGUGCUGGCACCUUUGUAUAUGCAUUCGAAAAUCUGAUGCUGCUCGAUAAUUUGCGUUCAUUAGCACUGCACAAUGUUAAAUUUUAUCCUGAAGUGCUCAAGUUGACUCCAACCUACAAUGUGGUAACCAUGUCCGUUACUCAUUACAAGAGGUUACUGGAGAACCAUCUGCAAAUAAUAGUAAAAAGAUUUCCCGCAUUGCAACGUCUGAAAAUAGUCGACUGUCCAGGAUUCACGUUGCGUGAGGUAGAUAAAAUAAGACGAAUGAAUCCCAGAAUGUUUAUUUCGUUCGAUGAAGUACGGUUCAGGUUGUGAACUGUGCUUGCAGCUUCCUUGUUUGUUUAUAAAUAUUUAUUGCAGCUUAUUCAGUUGUGUGUGUAGCACCCGAGAACAUAAAUCAGAUCCAUCGAAUAUUGAAGUACCUAUUGCGUUUUAGCUAUUCUAAGAUAUAAUACUUAAGAUUUCUGUUAACACAGUUUUAAUCACUUGCUCGCUGAAAAGCGACUAAUGCCAAGAACACUUGUUCGAGAGAAGUUUGCCCUAAAGCGUAGUCCUCAAUAUUGUAUUGUCGUUUGGCCUGCUCCAUCAGCCCGAACAUCG